AUGAAAAACUAAAUACCUGAAAAGGCCUCCAUAAAUAUAAGAUGCGAUAAAUGUAAUCGGAAAAACGACCUCAUUGCUGAUUGUUGUGUUGUGACUUCGCAAGCACAAAUUCAAAUCUGUUGUCAUCGAUGUCUCAAAAUCUUACAAAAAUAACAAAACUUAAGUGUCGAAUAAAUAAAUGACAUUUUGUCAGAAUGCGAAUUAAUAAAAGCAUUCAUUAAACGCAAUAAUUUAGUUGAGCUGUUAUCAAAUUCAAUUUUUGCAAAAACUUUAGAAAUAUCUGAUCCUCUAAAAGAUUUACUUAAAAAUUCAAAUGAAUUCUAAAUUAGCAGCAAUUUAAGUGGGAUAGAAUUUAAAAAUUAUUGUAAAUAGAGAACACUUUAUAAAUUGUUAUUAGAAGAUCAUGCACUUAAAGAUUCAAUUGAAAAAGCUUUUUAAAAUUGUAAAAACAUUAUCAGAUAAUACUUUUAUGAUGAAGAAAGCACUCCCUUUUUCACUAUUAAAAUUCCAUAAAGCAAAUAUAGCAUUUUAUAUUUUAAGGUGCUUUCAAAUUACUUUUUAAUUUUAAAAUAUUAUACUCAAUUAGAAUAUUUAUCUCAAAUUGAUUAAGAAGUAGCAGAAAAUUCAGUAAUGGAUUAAUAUGAACCAAAUAUUUAUGUUUCGAUUUAUGACUUAAAUAGCAAAACAAAUAUUUAUGAAGAGCUGUUUAUUCAAAAGUUAAACUUACAAUUUUUUGAUGAGGAAUCAAUUAAAUCAUACUUAUACGAGUCAAAUCAAAUUAUCUAUAUGUAUAUAAAUGAUGAGUAUUAUGAAAUUCACUUAUCUCCUAAAUAACCUCCGAAAUAGAUUAAUAAUAUAAUGUUUGAAGUAAUUUGUGACAACCUUAUAUAUUUGGGUUUGGACACUUUGGUUAAAUUUGACCCUAUCGGAUUUGAAAUUAUUUAAUAAAAAGAGAUUUUUGAGAGAAAUUGGUAGAAUAAUCAAUUUUUGAUUUCUUAUGACAAAAAAAUACAUUCAUUUAUAAUGUAUUCUUGCCCACGUUCAUAAGAAAAUGAAAUAUUCGAAAUUAUUCAACUCGAUUCUUUAAGAUGCACUAAAAGAAUAAUAUUCGCUAAUUAUGAUCGAUAUGAUUACAACAGCUUUUCGUAUCAUAAUUCUUUCAACUAUUUAAUUAGUAUUAGUACUGCUGUACUUUUUCGUGAAUCUCAUGAAAAAAAACGAGCAUUUUUGAUACUCUUUAAUAUUUAACGAAACAAAAUAAUUAGAAAAAUUCCAAUAGUUUAAAAUUAUAGGUGGCUGAAGAAAAUGGAUUUUUUGAGAAAUCAUAGUAUAAUAUGUUUAAAUUAUAAAUUUGAUUAUUUGGAGUUAUUUUAAAUUUCAACUGGGAGAAAUAUUCUUUAAUUUGAAUAAUUGAAAAUCUACCCAAUAAUGCAAAACGAACAGCUUGCAGUCUGUAUAAAACAAGACGAUGUAAAACUAUUUGAAUUAGCCUAAUGA